AACAGUUUCGACCGAGCGUUUGCCAGGUGAACAACAUUGAGCGGCGCUAGCGAGCGAUUUCGAAGCGAUUCCGAGGCGAUUUCGAGGCGGUACGAAAUCGAAAUCGAAACCAAACCGAAGUGCGCGUCGGGCAUUCGUAGUUGAAUAUUUUUUUUCAGUUAUUCAGUUCUUCGAGUGCGAGUGCGAGACAGAGAGAGAGAGAGAGUGUGAGAGCAAGAGUGGGUGUGGGGGUGACAAAGAAGGAGCACCAGCCUCCGUGUUAAGGAGGUGAUAUAUGCACACACAUACAUACAUAUUGCGCCAGGACGACGAGAGAAUCGAAACGAAUCGAAACGAAACGAAAGGAAACGAGAGGAAACCGAGACUCACUAGAAACACAGGACCUUUUUUGGGGGCAAUUGGCGCGAGGACAUCGUCGCGGCAAACAGAAACACGCUGGCCGUUGACCGAGUGGCAACGCAGCCCGGAAAAUCGGUUUUUGCCAAUUGGAUCGUAGAAUUCGAAAUUCUAAGAACAAGAAUAAAUCAAAAAAGAAAAAAAAUAACUAAAACCAAAAGAGAGUACUAUAUAUCGUAUCGGUGACUAUAUAAAAACUGAGAUUUUCGGCAGCUGUUGCAUGCCGUUGCGGCAGACUCAGUGACGCCGCGUUUUGCCGUCGUCGCGUCUCGUUAUAUUUUUUUUUUGUUGAUUGUUUGUUUGGUGACCCCGACGCGAAAUUGAUCCUCGCGUGUGUGUGAGUGACUGAGACAGCUAGUAUAUAUAUCUAUCAAAUAUAUCCCAUUACUAAGAAAACAGAUCAAGUAUUAACAAAACAAAAAAAACAGUGAUUGCGGGAUUGUGAGUCCCCCGGAACGAGGUAUUUCGCAUUCGAGCCAAUGGUCAGAGCGACAGGAACAAUGAUGGGCCUGCUCCUGCCUUUAAUCCUGGCACUGGCCAUCGGAUCCUCGGCAGCCGGCAUCUCGGCCAAUGAUCCCUGCUACUUCGAGGGCAAACCGCGCAAAUGUCUCCCCAGUUUUGUGAACGCCGCCUACGGGAAUCCUGUCCAGGCAUCGAGUGUUUGUGGUGCCCAACAACCAGAGCGAUAUUGUGAAUUAUUGCGCGAUGGAAAUGCCGGCGAAUGUCGUCCGUGUGAACAGCAACGAUAUGGUCCGGCGGCUCUAACCGAUCUGAAUAAUCCGAGUAAUGUCACCUGCUGGCGUUCGGGUGCGGUUAAUGUGCCGCAUGAUCCGGAUACGGCGCCACCGGAUAAUGUUACUUUAACCCUAUCGCUGGGCAAGAAAUACGAGCUGACCUAUAUAUCGCUAUCGUUUUGUCCACGCUCACCGCGUCCCGAUUCUCUGGCCAUAUUCAAGAGUUCCGACUUUGGCCAGACUUGGCAGCCCUUCCAGUUCUAUAGCUCCCAGUGCCAGAAGUUCUAUGGACGACCAGAUCGGGCUAAGAUCUCCAAGUUUAAUGAGCAGGAGGCGCGUUGCAUUAAUUCCCAACAUGAUACCGGUGGAGCAGCCCAGCGAUUUGCUUUCAAUACGCUAGAGGGUCGACCAUCGGCCAAUGAUCUCGACUCCUCGUUGGUUCUCCAGGAUUGGGUAACGGCCACGGAUAUAAGAGUGGUCUUCCAUCGUUUGGAAUUGCCGCCGCAGCUGCUGAAGGUGAAGAAUGCCAAUGCGUUUAGUGAUGAAAUGGGCGGAAGUCGGGAGGACGAUGAGGAUGAUGAUGCUGAUAUGGAAUUGGAUGGGGAUCAGGAUGAAUAUGAUUACAAUCUGCAGGAUAACGACAGUGCCGAUGCCGGUUACGAUGAGUACGAGGAGCCCAAGAAGCAUUUGGAACUGGAUGACGAUCAUCUGGCAUUGGAUUAUGCCAGUGAUGGUGAAUCCGUUGUCAAGCGGCAGGGAAAACACAAGGGCAAUGUCUAUGAGAAGCAUUAUCAGAGCAAACUGGCAGUCACCACGCCACCACAACAGUCAUCCAAGGCCACGCCACCGGGUAAGAUAACGCCCACGAGCACAGCUGCCCCCGGUGGAGGUGCCGCCUCUGUGACCUUACCGAUUUCUCAGCACUAUGCCGUCUCGGAUUUUGCCGUCGGCGGGCGAUGCAAGUGCAAUGGUCAUGCCUCAGAGUGUGUGGCCACUGUUAGUUCGGGAUCAGGUACAGGAUCGGGCAUUUCGGAAUCGGAUGAUGGACAGGAUGAGGAUACACCUUCGGCCACCUCGCUGGCCCAGCACUUUGGACGCAGCACUCAGAUAAGCGCCAAAUUGACCAUGACCUGCGCCUGCAAACAUAAUACCGCCGGACCCGAGUGCGAACGCUGCAAGCCCUUCUACUUCGACCGUCCCUGGGGCAGGGCCACCGAUAACGAUGCCAACGAAUGCAAAAUGUGCCAAUGCAAUGGACAUGCCCGUCGCUGUCGCUUCAACCUGGAGCUGUACAAACUAUCUGGCCGGGUUUCGGGAGGUGUUUGCUACAACUGCCAACACGAUACUACCGGAAGAUACUGCCAUUACUGCCGUGAGGGUUAUUAUCGAGAUGCCACUAAGCCGCCAAAUCAUCGCAAAGUCUGCAAGCGUUGCGACUGCCAUCCAGUGGGUUCGACGGGCAAGACGUGCAAUCACCUAAGUGGCCAGUGUCCCUGCAAGGAGGGCGUCACCGGACUGACCUGCAAUCGAUGUGCCCGUGGCUAUCAACAGACCCGCUCCCAUGUGGCACCCUGCAUCAAAGUGCCCACCAAUGCCAACAUGAUUCAAGCGGAGAGUGCCGGAGGCGGUGGUGGCGGAGGGGGUACAGGUGAUUAUAAGGACGGUGGAGGUUCACAGGUUGAGGAAAUGAAAAAGUACUGCGGCAAGUGCAAGGCGAGUCCCAAGAAGCUCAAUCUCAACAAGUUUUGCAUGGAAGAUUAUGCUAUCUUAGCCAAGGUUAUUGGCCACGAUCGCGCCUCCCAGGACAUAAGCACGGAAAAGUUCUCCAUAGAGCGACAGAAUGAGAUCUACAAGUACGAGAUCAAUAUCCAGACAAUCUUUAAGAGGAAUCCCAUGUCGGGCACGACCAGUUCCCUGCUGGGCAGAGGCAAUAUGAUGCUGCUAGUGCCACGCAAGAGCAUCGAGUGCCAGUGUCCCAAAAUAAAGCUAAACAAAUCAUAUCUCAUCCUUGGACGUGACUCAGAGGCGGCGCCUGGUUACUUGGCCAUUGGACCCAGUUCGGUGGUCCUUGAAUGGAAGGACGAGUGGUCGCUACGCAUGAAGCGGUUCCAGCGGCGGGCCCGCAAAUGCAGUUGAAUCGAACCGGAAACGGAAUAUGUCAGAGCGGAUUUCAAUUUCACACACUUGGCUAGGUAUCGGUUUUUGUAUAAAUUGUACAGUUUACUCAAGUUUCUGACCUUCUUCGGCAUCAUGCUAUAAAUUAAUUGAAUCGGAGCAACAGCAACAGCAACAGCAACAGCAACAAGUCCCCCUUAUCAGCAAUAUUCCCAACCGGAAGUUAAAACCCCCUCCUCCCACCCCUAUAUAAUCUCAAUUCCUUCUUCCGGGGCGGUCUCUAGUCUAUAAAAACAACAACAAUAAGAACACAAACAUCAGCAAACAUAAACAAACAUUCGGAUUUGCAAACAUCAGCAAAAAUACACACAAAACAUAAUAUAAACCCGUUUUAUGAAACACCAAAUGCUAAUUACAGUUACGUGCCAAUGGGUGGGCCUGGCCCUGGGCUGUCCAUAACGUCCAUGCUGGCCAUAAAAAAAAAAAAAAAAGAGUUAUAAAUUGAAAAUAAGUGCCAAAAAAGAGCCCAAACAUUCACAGAAAACAACCGUCGCGUGUCGCCAUUCUAGACAAGCAAACAAACUGCAAUUUUUUUGAAUGUGAAAAUGUGAAAAUGUGGAAAUGGAUGUGGUUGUGGGGUGAUGGGGAUGGGAUGGGUUGGCAUGGACAAACAGGCCACGUCGACACAUAAGUGCAGUCAUAAACCAACAACACAGGUCUUGACCAUCUGGCAAACAGUCCACACACUUGCCAAUAUUAGGGGCAUUCGUCACGAAAUAGGAAUCAAAAAUAGUGUAUUAAUAUUCAAGAUUUUUGCAAUCAAAGUGCCAAAUUAGAAAUUUUCGUAAGAAAUUUGCCAAAUUUUUCUAUCUGAAAAAGUAUUUUCUAACAAUCAGUCUGAAAAUAUCUCAACUUUUCUGUGGAUUUUCUUUGCCAUGCCUUUCAUUUUCACAUCAAUAAAAAUCUUAAAUUUUAUCUACAAAGAAACUGAUAGAAAACCUGAUAUAUUAAUAUUAAUCCACCAUGAAAAGCAAAACAAAUGGAUUCAUUUUUAUACUGGAAACCAAAUCAAAUCAAAUCUUUUAUGAUGGAAAACUCAACACGAAAAUUAGCGAUCAUUGUCUAACUCAGCCAAUGUCAUUAUUAAUUUGUUUCCAAAUUUAGUCAUCAUUGUCUAAGCUUUCAAUGUCAAUAAACUUAGUUAUUAAAAUUAAAAGGUUUUUUAGACUAACUCUUUGGAGUACCCCUCUGCUAGGCUAUUUGAUUUUCGUUUUUUAACAUACUUUCCGCAACCGAAAAUUGAUUCAAUUUUCCAAUAUUUGCCAAAAUGCUGUUUAAAUAUUUAACAUUUGUUGUUAGUACAAAAGUUUUCUUUUUUUAGUAGUUUGUUUGUAAAAAGUUUACCCUGGCUAAAGGUAUUUGAGUUUAAGCCAUUAGUUUUAGUUUUAUAAAUAUAAAAAACUUAUUUUGCAAAAAUCAAUCCUUAAAGUAAUGGAAAAGUUAGUUACAGAAAUCAAAUUAAAGCAAUAUUAAUUAAAUUUAAUAAUUCUUUAAGUCUGCUAGGGUAUUCCAAUUCAUUUUUAGCCAAAGGUUAACCUUUUAGUUUCUUUCCGAUAUUAUUUUCUGGUUUUCCUAUAUUUUUGUCGACCUGAAAAACGUUUCUCAAGAAUUUAUGCAAACAGUUUUCCGCCGAUAAUUAUGCACAUGUUUAUUGACAAUCUGCUAGUUGAUUUUUCACGCGCUUUUGCAUACCAAUUUGCUUGAUGGAUGGCUGGAUGCAUCAAUAAAACCAAAAGCAAAAACAAAAAACAAAAAACAGAAAUAAAAAUCCAAGUCAGCCAACGGCGGCAAAACAUGCAUUUAAAAUGCAUUUAUUUGAAUUUAAUUUCCAAUUUGAAUUAUGCAUGCAAAUUGUGAACCCAUCAAUUCCAAGUCCUCCUCUUUUACCCUUUAACUCUGAAUAUACAGAUAUAUAUAUAUAUAUUUCUGAAAACCAAAAAAUCGAAGGCGUUAAGAGUGAGAUUGGAGGUGUUAAGGGAUCGGGGGACCGGUUGUAACUUGUUUUUGGAGCAUGUGUAGGCCAGGCAACACUUGAAACUCAUCCCGGUCAGCCGUUCAGUACAGUAAAUACUACUCAAAAUGAAUCUCAAUAUAAAUCAUCAGACAUUUGCAUAUCAGUUUCUAAUGUGUUAUGUUCAAAAAUCAUUUUUAAAAAUAUUUAAAAUGAAAACUUAACUAAAGAAAAAUUCCUAUUAAUUAGGGGAGGUUCUUUACCUCUUCCUUUAUUGAGUGCCUACUGUACCCCUCGAUAAGCAUCACAGGCAAAAACCAACAAAGCAGCAGACAACACGAAACAAGUCAUACAAAUUGAACAGCGAAAAAUAAAACAGAGAAAUUAACGUAAAAUAAAUCUAAAAUAUUUUUUAAAAAUUAAUUUCUUAAGAAAUGAGCCACAAAUAUCAAAGUAAAAUUCAAAUUUAACUACUAUAAACAUUUAAUUACAUUAAAAACCAAUCAAAUUCCUCACAGUGUAAUGUACAAAUGAACUUCGUGGGCCGAACCAAGUGAUAUCCAUGCCCCCCCACAAAAAAGUCGAACCACUGACGAUUGCAGUUACAUUUUUUCGAUGUUGCUGCGGAUUAAACAUGUUUCGGGCUCAAAAAUGUAACAUGAUAUAUGACAGCCAAGUGUCGAACUUGAUAAAUGUUUUAAUGAAUUUAUUUUCGUGUUUAUAUGUUGGACAGUCCCAGAGCCCAGAGCUCAGAGAGUGAGUGAAUCGAGAUCUUUAGGCGGCUGGGCUGCCAGCCACGACGACACCUACUCUCUGGGUAGGUCUUUUGUCUGUCUUUCUGCCUGCCUGUCUGUCUGUCUGUCUGAUUCUGAUGUCAGUCUCCCUCUCCCACCUUACAUUUACUAUAUAUACAUAUAUAUAAAUUCACAUCCAUAUCCAUUCACAAGUUAUUCAGGUCCGACCGUGACCAUGAUGUAUGAUAAAUCAAAAUGGGGGCAACAUAUGCAGGGACCAGAGUCCAGAGUUGGACAGUUAACAUGCUGCGGCAUUUAAGCCGAGAUUUGUGUUCGCAUUCACUCUCCGCCCAGGGACGCAUAAUUAGCUCUGACUCUGACUCUGACUCUGACUCUGGCAAUGUGGAUAUGGAUCUGUAUCUGUAUCUGUAACUCUUUCCCGCUGGCCAACGUGGCGUAUGAGUCAUGAACACACGUGUGCCAACCACACGGACCAUAACAAGGAACAAAAAAAAAAAAAGCCAGAUACCACAUGGACACACUCUUCUGGGAUAUAUGUCCUGGAGCAGAAAUAAAUGCAAAAUUGUCAACUGUUAACUGUAUAAAUUUAUUCACAAUUUUAUGGGGGCAAAUUGUGCAUUUUUUCAUAUUUAAAAAGGUUCGGAGAGGCAGGUUUUAAAGGUCUUUGUGUACUAAAAUUGUAUUAAAUCGUAAAAAUCUGUCACUAGUUGUCAGGAUAAUCAAGAUAUCUAUACAAAUUUAUGAACUUAACCUUAUUUUGUGACUAAAUUUCCUACUUCUUUGUUCAUAAAAUCUAUAAAAAAUAUUUAAAAAAUCAUAAAUAAUAAUUCUAUUUGACAACUUCAAUGAUUUUUGCCCACCUUUCGAUCUUCUUAGUCUACCUCUCAGCCUACAACCCUUGCCGAACAACCCUUUUUCCAACUGAAACCUCCAAAAAUAACUUUAAAAAAACCCAAAUCGACAACAGAACAAAACAAAAAGAUAUAUAUAAAUAUAUAUAUAUAUAUAUGAAUGGAAAAAAGGGAAAUGAAAUGAGAAAUUCAAUUGUGGCCUCGUCGACUGCGGCCGGCUUCAUGCCUUCAUGCAUAUUUAAAUGAGAUUUUGCGUUAACUGAAUUUUUUCACCGGCAUUCUCCAGCUGCGAAGCGGAGGUUGCGGGCGUGGCCGUACGCCAGUAUGUGGGCGUGAGGCCCUGAGAAGAACAACAACAACAACAACAAAAACAACAAUAAAAAACACAUAUUAAUUUAUAUAAUGUACGUGUACGCACAAGCACAGAGAUAUAAAACAUUUAUAUAGAUUUAAAUAAAUUGGGUUCUUCUCAUUCUCAUUCGCAUUUUCAUUUUCAUUUUUUAUUUCUCACAUUUUUCCUCCUUUUUUUGUUUGCAAUUUUUGUGGGGGCGUGGCAAGAGGCGUGUUGUCGCAUAUGUAUUUUAAAUAGGAUGCCGGUCCCAUUAGCAUAUAAAUUGACGCAGCGACAGUUGAGUUGAGUGGAUAAAAAAAAUCAGGAUAAAAAACUGUUAACCAAGCAGAAGGGGUAAGGGUUCUGGCUCAGGCUGUCGUAACUGUUAACUAGCAUUUGGUAUUAAAAAAAAAAACAAAACAAAAAAAGGAAAUUAACACACACAAAAAACUUUAAUUGAAAUGCCCACCAAACAUCAAAGACAAAAACACGACAACAACAGCCCCAAGCUGACAAAUUGACUUCCGUUUCCGCUAAUUCAAAACACAAAACAAAACAACAAAAAAAGAGAGCAAAGAGAAAAAAGCAAAUUGAAAACUUCUUCGAAAGAAUGAACGAAAAGUACUUAAUGAGAGAUGCAAACAUAACCAAAUUAGUCAUUAGUUGAUAUGUCAAGCCGUUUAUAUAUAUAUUUAUUAUUUUACACACACCACCAACCUUUUUUUCCUAAUCUUAAUUAUAAAUUAAUACACUGAAAGAAGCGAAGAAGAAGAAGAAGAUGUAUUUAUAUGCGUAUAUAUAUAUGUUAUAUGGACAAAAUCGGAAUAGAUCCGAUAGACUUUCUAUCUCUUUUUGUAGAUCCCCCUUUUUUCGGUUUGCCUUUGCAUUUAGCAUGGCCUACUAAUCACAUAUCCUUCAACCACACACACACACACACAUAUAAACACAAUUAAAAAUAAUGUUUUUUUUUUUUUGGUCAGACUAAUAUGAAUAUCAAAAGCGUGUGUGUCCAGAACGAAUUAUUCAUAUGGUAAGCUAAAGAAAAGAUAAGAGAAAAUCAUACAUAAAAACAUAACAUAACAUAAAAAAAUAUAAUCAAAAACUUAAAAAAAAAAAAGAAAACGAGA